AUGUCCAAGUCGAACGCCGAUUUUAGUGCGUUCGACUUUAAUGACAGUUCCGAUAAUUCCGAUAUACAAACACGUGGUCCCUACCUAAGUCGUGCCAGUCUUAGCAAUAAUUCCUUAGUAAACAAUAACACCAAUAACUCAGCCAGCUCCUCGUCCAGUAACAAUGGCAACUCAAAUGAUUCACAGAAUCUUAACAAUGUGGGCGGUACAAAUGAUGAGCACGGCAUUGCCGGUGGCUCACAAAUUGAUACCGAUAUCCGUGAACAUGAUGGUGACAUUAACGGGAACAAUAGUAACGAUGGCAAUUCAACUAUUGGCAAUGGUACGCAUACGAAUGCAAAUAAUACCGAUGGUUUGUUAAUGGGUGCUAUGGGUCCACAUGGUGGCACAAUCAACACAGCAGCCGGAACUGUUAGCAAUGCUAUGGAAUCCAAUAAUAGUAAUUGUGCUGUUGCUGGGUUACUUGAUGGUGCACUCGGUGGCAGUAGUAACAAUUGCAAUAAUGAACUCGUUCGCAGCAGUAGCGCUAGCUUAAGUAACAACAGUACAUCUACCAAUCAUGGUGGAGGCACUGGCGGUGGCCUAGGUGGGGGUGGCGGUGGCGGUAGCAGUUUAUGUAGUGUUGGUGGAGGUUCUGUUGCUGGUUCUACUUCGGCGAGUGAACGUAAAAAAUAUCGACAUCAGAAUUACAGCAAAAAUAUUUAUAUUGGCACAAAAAAUGCAGAAAAAUGGGAACACACACGUUCUCGUUUGCAGUUCAAAAACGACGUUGAGUUCGUGGCGUAUCUUUUGAACUUGGCUGAUAAGGAUACCGAACGUUUAGCAAAUCUACCGGCUCUGGCGGAUCAAAAUUCCACCACUAAAAGCUUUGCGAAUAACUUCAAACUUGAACCCAAUCUCAGCGCCAAAGAGUUUAACACUAGCCAAGCAGAAAAUGGAGAUUCACAGCCCACACGUAAAAAAUCCAAGAAACGUGUACAAUUCAGCGAUGCACUAAAUGGCUUCCCUAAAAUGAAGGAUUUUUCAAAUUUCGCUAUGAAAGCAAAGAAACAUGACCAGAAAAUGAAAAACGUUGGCAGUAAUGGCGACUUACUACCGGAAGUACUGGACUGCCGCAUAGCUGAAAAAAUAAAAAGCGAACUUGAAGAAAAAUCUGCAUCAAAAGAAUCACUACCAAAUGCGCUAUGCCUAAAGAAAGGUGAUGAACAGAGUGAUGAGGAAGACGACGAUGACGAGAACACUAAUGCUGGCGCAUCGACCAUUACAGAUGCAGUCGAUGGCAUAAAUGGUCAAAACAGUAAUUUCCGUAUGCGUAUCAAAAAUAAGAAAAAUAGCAAAGGCAUGGCACCACCCAAUAGUUACAAUAAUCUGAACGCGAAUCCAGAAGAUGAUGAAGAUGAAGGCGAAGACAGUGAGUGCGACGAUGAUGAUGAGGAAAUGGAUGAAGAAGCAAUGGCCCGUGAAAUGAAAAAUGAACAAAACUUUGUUGAAGAAGAAGAUGAACAUGACAUUGCUUUCCGUUCGCAUCAAUCGUGUCGUGAAUGCUCCAUCACACACGACCAAAAAAUGUGUCCGCUGCGUAAUGCUAUGAGCACAAUAACAGAUGCAGUAGACUUAGCCGAGUGGAUUGAACGUAAAAAUUUGGAAGCAUUGGCCAAACUGAAAGCAGAUGCACAUAGACAUGCGAAACAAGAUCACGAUGAUGAUGAGGACAUGGAUGAGACUUCUCAAAUGUCGGAAUUGGAAACAAAGCCAUUAAUAACAUUUGCCGAAGCUUCUGUGCCAGCAGAAUUUGAGUUGCAUAAUGUGGAACCAAAUGUAACCGGGGUAUUUGUGCGUAGUGAGGUAAGAGCAUUUACAAAACUAGGUCCGCUAAUUGGUCAAAAGGUGGAAACGACUGAGGUACGUGAAGGCAGUGAUAUGAAGUGGAUAUUUGAAAUAUGUGAAGCUGGCGCAGAAAAAUCACAAUUGUUGAGUUGUGAAAAUCCGAACACGUCAAAUUGGUUGCGUUACAUACGACCAGCGCCCACCUAUGAUGAACGCAACGUCAAUCUGGUUUCCAUUGAGCGACAAGCAUAUUUUGUUACAUGUACAGAGGUUAAAAAUGGCAUGGAGUUACUUUACUGGAGUGAUGAGUGUAACACAAUGUGGCGAAAAAAGCACACGGAAAAGAUAAAUUGUGGCGGUUGCAAUUUGAAAUUUGACCAUCCACUUUAUUAUCGUACACACUGCUCCGUGUUUCAUGAUCCUUCAAUGAGCCUAACCAUACGCAAAUAUCAUUGUAAGGUAUGUGGCGAGGCAGUGCUGGGCAAGGAUAACAUUACCAAGCAUGCGGCGGAAAAGCAUGAUGGAAAGGGUGCAUAUCAGUGCCAGUUUUGCAACAAGUUCUUCUUGCGUCUCAACUACCUUGAAAUGCACCGCACAUACGGUUGUGCCGCAAAUCCAAAUCGGGCACGUCCGUUGUGUGAUUUUUGUGGUCGCAAAUUUUGCCAACCACAGAAAUUGAAAGCUCACAUUAAACGAAUGCACAGUGGUAAGAAGGCUCAAAGAGAGUCCUGUAGUAACAGUAGUUAA